CCCGUGUGUGGCACCCAACGGUACCCCCCAUUUAAACCUAACCUAAACCCAAACAAGAUGUUUUCAAAAAUUCGAGCGCCAAGGUAAUGGUAAAGAGGUAAAGUAAAGGAUGAUCAUCAAUUAAAAUCACAAUGAGUCAACUGAGCCAAGCGAUUUUUGGUAGCCAGACUGUCACGUCUCAAACGUACACUCAAGAACUGGAUGAAAGCACUUUUGCGUUGUUGACGUCUCCCCGAGAUGACUCCGUUUAUGGACUUUUAUUCCCGAGGAAACCGUUUUUGAAAACUAUUGAAUUGAAAACAGGUGAAACCUAUACCUUUGGAAGAAGUCCAAACUGUACGGAACAGUUCCUCGAGAAGGAUUUUUCUCCAUCAAGUAGCUACAUGACAUUGAGCUUUACUCAUUUUCAAAUCACUCGCCAGCAGAUUUGUUCUGGCUCCGAUGUACAAGCCAUAAUACAAGAUCUUAGCUCAAAUGGAACAUACCUGAAUAGAGCUAAAAUUGGGAAGAAUAAGUUUAAAGUGUUAGCCCAUAACGAUGUCAUUUCUCUUUUAAAUCCCGAUUUUGAAGUUUACAUCUAUACAGAUGCAAAAAUAACAGAAAAACCAGAAAUUCCAAUAGAAGUAAGGAGAGACUAUGCUGUAAGUCGUAAAUUAGGCAAUGGUGCUCAAGGACAAGUCUUCCUUUGCAUCAAUAAGGCAACUGCGGAACAAUGUGCCAUAAAACAGAUUCUCAAAGCUGAUAAUAGAAAUGUUCUGAAUGAAGUUAAUAUUUUGAAGAAAUUGCAGCAUAGCCACAUCGUGCACAUGCAAGGAUACAUCGAGUCGCCAUAUGCCGUGUUCAUCAUCAUGGAGUACAUGGCUUGUGAUUUAGAAGCACUUCUAGCUGAAAGAGAAUAUUUGGAAGAAACAGAAUCUAAGCUUGUGUUCUAUCAAAUUGCUCAAGCUGUCGAGUACUUGCAUAGCAAUCGGAUAAUACAUCGAGAUUUAAAGCCUGCCAACACUCUGUUGCUGUCCAAAGAGAUUUUGUUUGUCAAACUGACAGAUUUUGGUCUCUCUAAACAUAACACCACAAUCACAAGUCCGGAUACUUUUUGCGGCACGGCUGGGUUUGUGGCUCCAGAAGUGAUAAGAACUUUGAAGACAGGAAUUCCAUACAAUACACAAAUAGAUGUCUGGAGCUUGGGUGUAGUAUUAUUUUACUGUCUAAGCGGAACAAAACCUUUUGCAAGAACUGAAACUGAACCUGCACAUGUGCGAAUUCUCAAAGGUCGAUUUAGUUUUUAUGCUGAGCGAUGGCAGGUCAUCAGUUAUGAAGCUAAAACGCUGAUCAGCGAAAUGUUUAAAGUUGACCCAGAACAAAGGAUUACAAUCCGGAAUCUUUAUAGACACCCUUGGAUCAAUCAGGAUCCUAACCUUGAAUCACAUCUCUGUGAACUUCAUUCACAGGUAACAAGAAAGAGCUAAACUUCAAUCUUUGACCUUCUAUUUUGAUCGGCUCAAAAGGUAGCUUAGUUUAACUUUUAUCUCUGUUUUUUUAUCCCGUUGAUUAGGUAUAACUAAUUUACUGCCUUGCAGCCCAGCCUGAAGUAUGACGGGUAUAUAACCAGUAUUUUAUUUUGUUUGAUGUAAUUAUUCUAUCUCAUUCUAACCUUUCAAUUUUUACAUCUCAAGGGGGAUCUUCGUAUUCCAUACAUUUGCAUUUUGUACUAGACAUGUGCGAUUAUGAUUUUUUUAGAUCACUGGAAAAUAUCUAUGGUUUUGACUUUUUUUAUGCUCUCAACACAGCGCACACAAUCACAAACAUACCACCUGAACAUGAGGUACGAUCAAGCAAAACCUCCUCUGACACUCUGUGUUGCACUUAAAGAGCAAAAUUUUCAAUUAUUAAUCAAAAACUCACACUGAUGAUCAAUGAUAAGUAAUUAUUUUCAAAACAAAUUAUUUGAUUUUGGAUCUUUAAUUACUGAAACAAUUACUUUUGUCUUUUUUGCAACCCCCCCCCUCCCCCUUAAAUGAAAUGAAUUACUUAAAUUCUCUGAGCUUUGACUUGUGAGCCAGUGAGUUGCCUUAUCAAUCUCUUUCUAUCCUCCUUGAGGCUGUUACAAACAUUCUCUUUAUGUAGGUUAGUUUUUCUUUAAUGGUGUCAAGUAAAAUCCUCCUCUCCGAAAAGGUAGAAUUCUUGACAGUUUUCUUCUCGAAAAUUUUUGUGUUCAUGACUUUUGUAUUUGUUAUUGUUAUAACUAUUAAGUUCUAUGAUGUUAAAUUACUUAUAAAUGAGCUUUUCUGAUCAGAAAUUGAUCAAAUCUAGAAACAAACUUCUUGUUCUGGUUUCACCCUGAAGCCCCAAUUUUUUUGAUUUUCAGAGACAUUUCUGAUUGGGAAAGUUUAACAAUCUCCUCUCAAUUCUAUCCUUUCCUUGAUUUAAAUACCGCUGUGAAAUUUUCGUACCAAGGUACUUUUCAAUUUCCCUCCAUAUUUUAAGUUCUUAAUGUAAAUAGUUCUCUUAAAUUAGCUAGUGUCUUUGCUCGAAAAAGAUCAUUGUUCAAAUUUUUAAGAAUGUGUUAAUCAAAAUUGCACUUUUUUUGUUUAAUUGGCUAUAAACGGGUACUAAAAAUAAUUUUUAUGGUCGCUAUUUGAACUUAUCCUUUAAGAGUCUGCAGGAAAUCUUGUUGGACCAACUUUUUAAAAGAAAAAAAACUUUCUUUUUUGAAGUGUAACUUUUGAUACGUAUUAUCGUUUUUCCUUUAAAAAGAAAAAUUAUUUUAGGAUUAAAAAUAGAAAAAGAGUAAUGUGCGGCCAUUUUUUUAAGAACUUCUCAUGGCAUCAGAUUCCAUGUGUUACUAGCUUUAAGUAUUUGUUCAUCUUUGUGCCAUUUGUGUAUGUUUAUUAGCGCUAUCAAGCAUUUUUUUUCAUGUUUUAAGCGUUAUGCAAAUCAAGUUACCUCUUCUCAAUAUAAUCACGUUCAUAUUGUGUAGAAUAAAGGAAAGUGUCAAUCUCAAAGUAUCUAAGCACUUUCAAAGAAAAAUAGGUGGAGCGUUCUGAGGAAUAGCGAACUAUUAACCAAUAUUCUUUCAGAUUCUUUUAUGAAAAAAUCAGUCAGUUGAAAUGCAUAUUAUCUUUGAACCAGUACUUUUCCAGUGACUUAGUCUAUUAACAGCAAUAAUCUUCUUUGAUGCGAUUUAAAUUUUUUAUUAAUGGAACAUCCCUUUGCAUCUUACUAUCUUGUAUAUGUAAAUUUAUGUUGGAUUGGUAACAACAUCGACCAUUUAUAUUUGCGUGUCCCCUCCAAAAUUGAAAAGAUAGAAAAAAAAGAAGAAAAAAAACGCUCUCAAGAGUCUGAAUGAAGUGGAAAGACUGUUCAAGUAUAACUUUCAGCCACAAUUUGAACUAACCUGAUUGUUACAAGAAAGACCACCAAACAGAGUUAAAACUACAGUACGUUGACAUCUUUUGCACAAAAACUAUAUAUAAAGCAAGAUGGAUGAAUUAAAAACCUCUGAAACUGCCCGAUGAAAAAAAAAUUGGCAUUUUUUCGUAAGUGAAUUUAAAAUUUUCUUUCUCAAAUAACCACCUUUUAGCCCAGUUAAAUCGUGCGCCAGAUUAAUUUUAAUAUGCGUUUAACAACCUCUCUGCCCACUGAUUUACUUGGCGCAAGAUUUAAACUGCUUCAUACCAGGAAGGGGAGAAAGGUCUUGUCAAAUAUCAACUUAAGGGUUUCCAAAACUUAUUCUGGUUUGUUGAGUUUGAAACCAUUGAUUUGGGUUUUUUCUGUAAGCAGAAAGCUCAAAUUCACUGAAAUUCAAUGCAUAUAAUUAAUACUAAUCUCUUUUUCAGAGUAUUUUCGGAAGAAAAUGCACUAUUUUCAGUUGAUUUAAAAAAUAUCUACUCUCUGCUACUUUGGUGAAAGAUGUCAAUUUGUACUUAAAGUUUUAGUUUACUGUGUGAUCUAUCACAAGCAAAGGAUUUUUAUGAUCGCAUCACAAACUGUAAUUGAAUUUACUGCUCAGUAUUUUUUAAAUUUUCAUAUUUUACUUAAAGCAAGCUGGUGUAUCAGCAACCUUAAACCAUCCAUAAUUAAAGGAGUGCAUAACUAUAUAUUUGUUUUGAAACUUAACGAAAUAUCUUUAUUGUCUAGUGCUUACUCCAAUUCUGAGUGGAUGUACAGUGAUUUGAUUGGACGUUUCCUCAAAAUUUUAGUGAAAUUCUGCGGGAAAUGUGAUCGAAAUUUACUCCUGAGACCAAGAUGACUUCACAUCAUAGCUCUCAGUGCUUGUCUUGUAAAACAGAAAUGCAGAUUGAAAGGGACAAAUUCAGCAGGCAACUGUACUGCGCUGAUUAUGAGUAACUUCAGGAUUAAAACCCUUCCGAGACAGUCAUUACUAGCAUUGCGCAAACAGCGUAUUGCCGCAAGGGGAAAUUUGCUCUCAAAAUUUUAUCUUUGUAAUGAGUAUUCUACUUUGCAGAAUCAAGCACCAAUAGCUACAACGUACUGUCUACAUCAUCUGCUUCAAAUUAAAAGGUACUUUGAACCCAUGCUGUUUUAUUUUAAUAUACUGCUGUUUCUCAGCAUUGUAUUCAGCAGCAUUUUCAAAAUUCUCAAAAAGUUUACGUUAAAUUUUUCUUCGCUUACUCUGUGAUCUUCUAUAACCGAUGUAUACUAGAUAAAAGUCUCUAGAAUUAUGAGUAGAAAAAAGAGCUUAUAAGUAUCUUUCUGGCUGUCUGUUUUUAUUAAUAUUUCUGUGAUUUUUUUCAUAAUGUCUCAAAUAAUGCUCAGCUAUUCUUGUUGAUUACUUAUUAAUAUUGAAAGUGACAAAUCAAAAUUUCAAUGUUCAUUUUUGUUUGAAUAAAUUAACUUUUUUCCAA